CCUUUGUUAACUACUAAGAGACAGAUAUGAAAUCUGGCUGCUUCUUCUUCUACAUGUUGAUUUUUGGAAAAGACUUGGUUCCCAGUGCUGGACAGGCCACCCCUUGUCCUCUUGGGUAUUUCCCCUGUGGAAAUCUGACAAAGUGCUUGCCUCAAGGACUCCAUUGUAAUGGGGUGAAUGACUGUGGAAACCAUGCUGAUGAAGACAAUUGUGGUGACAACAACGGAUGGUCUCAGCAGUUUGAUACAUACUUUGCAAAUUACUAUAAAAUGAUUUCCCCAUAUCCCUUUGAGACACAGACAUCUGAAUGUUUGGUUGAUUCUGUGCCGGUGAUGUGUCUGUGCCUGGGUCUAGAACUUGACUGUGAUGAAGCCAACUUACGAGCUGUCCCUUCAGUCUCUUCAAAUGUGACCAUGAUGUCAUUACAAUGGAACCUGAUAAGGAAACUUCCUACUGAUGGGUUCAAGAAGUACGUGGACCUUAAACAUCUGUACCUGCAACAUAAUAAAAUUAGAUCAAUAGCCGUGCGUGCUUUCAGGGGACUGCACAAUCUGACUAAGCUGUAUCUGAGUCAUAACAGAAUAACCUUUUUAAAGCCUGGUGUCUUUGGAGAACUUCACCAACUGGAAUGGCUGAUAAUUGAAGAUAACCAGCUCAAUCGAAUUUCCCCUCUUACAUUUUAUGGACUCAGCUCUCUUAUUCUUUUAGCCCUGAUGAAUAAUUCUCUUGCUCGACUGCCAGAUAAACCUCUUUGUCAAUACAUGCCUAAACUGCACUGGCUGGACUUUGAAGGCAAUCAUAUCAAUAAUUUAAGAAAUGUCACUUUCAUCUCCUGCAGUACUUUAACUGUCCUGGUAAUGAGAAAAAACAAAAUCAACCAUGUAAAUGAAAAUAGCUUUUCACCUCUCCAAAGAUUAGAUGAACUAGAUUUAGCGAGCAACAAGAUUGAAGUUCUUCCUCCAUACUUAUUUAAAGACCUGAAGGAGCUCUCUCAACUGAAUCUUUCCUAUAACCCAAUACAGAAAAUACAGGCAAGCCAGUUUGAUAGCUUAGUUAAACUCAAAUCUCUUGGCCUGGAAGGCAUUGAAAUUGCAAAUAUCCAAAGAAGAAUGUUUAGACCGCUUAGAAAUCUCUCUCACAUAUACUUUAAGAAAUUCCAGUACUGUGGAUAUGCCCCUCAUGUACGCAGCUGUAAACCAAACACUGAUGGGAUUUCAUCCUUUGAGAAUCUCUUAGCAAGCAUUAUUCAGAGAGUGUUCGUCUGGGUUGUAUCUACAGUUACGUGCUUUGGAAACAUCUUUGUUAUCUGUAUGCGACCUUAUAUCAGAUCUGAGAAUAAGCUCCAUGCCAUGUCAAUAAUUUCUCUCUGCUGUGCUGACUGCUUAAUGGGAAUAUACUUAUUUGUGAUCGGAGCCUUUGACCUAAAGUAUCGUGGGGAGUACAAUAAGCAUGCCCAGUUAUGGAUGGACAGUACGCAUUGUCAACUGGUGGGAUCUUUGGCCAUACUGUCCACAGAAGUGUCAGUUUUACUUUUAACUUUCCUGACUUUGGAAAAAUAUAUCUGCAUAGUGUAUCCCUUUAGAUGUCUGAAACCCGGAAAAUGCAGGACAAUUGCAAUCCUGAUUCUCAUAUGGAUUAUUGGGUUUGUGGUGGCUUUUGUUCCUUUGAGCAACAAGGAAUUUUUCAGAAACUACUAUGGCACCAAUGGAGUCUGUUUUCCUCUUCAUUCAGAACAGGCAGAAAGUACAGGAGCACAAAUAUAUUCAGUAGCAAUUUUCCUCGGUGUAAAUCUGGCAGCCUUUAUCAUCAUAGUGUUUUCCUAUGGAAGUAUGUUUUACAGUGUUCACCAAACUGCCAUUACUGCUACAGAAAUCCGGAAUCACGUGAAAAAGGAGAUGACCCUUGCUAAACGUUUUUUCUUCAUUGUAUUUACUGAUGCGCUAUGCUGGAUACCCAUUUUUAUAUUGAAAUUCCUUUCUCUGCUUCAGGUAGAAAUACCAGGUACUAUAACGUCCUGGGUGGUGAUAUUUAUCCUGCCUAUCAAUAGUGCUUUGAACCCUAUUCUCUAUACUCUAACGACACGACCAUUCAAAGAAAUGAUUCGUCAAGUUUGGUACAAUUACAAACAGAGAAGAUCAAGUAGAAGCCAAGGCAGUCAGAAAAUGUACACCCCAUCAUUUAUUUGGGUGGAAAUGUGGCCCAUGCAGGAGAUCCCACCUGAGUUAAUGAAGCCCAUUCGUUUUACAGACUCCUCUGACAUCUCUGUAACCACUCAGUCCACAAGAUUCAAUUCCUACACAUAAUUCUGAACGCAGAGUCUUCUUGUGAAUCUUUCAGUGUGCUUCACAGUGAAUUUAAUUUUUCUAAUAUACUGUAACAGUGAAUGAGAAGAAGACAACUGAUUUAUUUGGAAAGUUGUCAGGACAUCAGAUAAUAUGGAUAAUAGUAUUGGUCAUUCUGGAAAAAAUAAUUGUAAUGACUGA